AUGGUUGGCGUGCUGACUGAUACCACCCUCUCCGUUAACGACGGACCUUUGACCUCUGAGAACGCGGGUCUCCUACGUCCUUCGGAUCCCAAUCUCCCCAUCCAGGAGCUUCGCAGACGAUACGACGAGGACGGGUAUGUAUUCCUGAAACAGGUUCUCCCGCGCGAAGAUGUACUGGAGGCCCGACGACGGUAUUUCGAGUACUUGGCUCCCACGGGGGUGUUGAAAGAAGGUACCGAUCCGGUGGAGGGGAUCUUCAAUCCCACUAAGUCUAUCGACGAAUACCCUGGCAUUGGCGCUGGGAAUGAAGGCGCCAACGGUCGUCCGGGAGGGGAGAAAGCCGAGCACUUCGUGAACCGGGCCAUCGAGGCCCAUUACAUGGACUGGUACACGGAGAAGCUGUGCAACCAUCCCGUCCUGUACGAUUAUGUGGCUAAAUUUACCGGAUGGGGCCAGGACACCUUGGCGUUUCGUCGGACCCUGCUGCGGAAUAAUAUCCCCAAGAGCAAGCCGAUCGGCGUGCACUAUGAUCAGAUCUUCCUGAGACAUGGCGAGCCGACCAGUGUCACGGCGUGGGUUCCCAUGGGGGAUAUCAAGAUAAAUGGAGGAGGGUUGAUUUAUCUGGAGAAUGGGGACUCGGUGGGCCAGGAGAUCGAAUUGCAAUUCACCAAUAAGGCCAAACAAGCGGGCCUGUCCGAGGAAGAGGCCCGAUCAGCCUUCAAUUCCAACAUGAUGGCGACAGGACUGCUCUCGGAGCAUCCCGCUCAGUUUGCUAAAGACAACAACCGACGGUGGCUUGUCUCUGCGUAUGAGGCAGGUGACGUUGUCUUGCAUAAACCUCACAUUAUCCAUGCGUCGACUAUCAAUAACGACGAGGAUAAUGUCAUCCGACUGGCAACGGAUCUGCGGUUCUGCGACUCGUCCAAGCCGUAUGAUAAGCCGCUGCAAGAUGUUCUACAACUGCAAUCGGUCCAGCAUGGGGUUAUUGCGCUGCUCGUGGUCCUGCUAGCCAAAGUAAUCAAUUCCCGUCUCAACCAAUUGAAGCAAAACAACAGGCUGCCGUCUCGUCCUUGGGAUUCCCACAAAGAAUUGGUGCUCUUGACCGGUGGAUGCAGUGGGAUUGGGAAGCAGAUGAUGCAGGACCUGGCACGGUUGAACGUCAAGACGAUUAUUCUAGAUAUCAAGGAACCAAGUUUUCAAUUGCCCGCCGGAGUCUUCUUUUACAAGACCGACAUCACAGACCGGACAUUGGUGAAAGAAAUUGCAUCUCGGAUCAGAAACGAUCAAGGCCAUCCCACGAUCCUGAUCAAUAAUGCGGGUGUCGCAUUCGAUGAGACGAUUCUGGAUAAACCCGAGGAACAAAUUCGUCUCACAAUGGAGGUCAAUAUCUUGUCCCAUUUCUGGACGGUGAAGGAAUUUCUCCCAGAUAUGAUCAAGAAGGACCAUGGGCACGUUAUUACUGUCUCUAGUAUGGCCAGCUUUGUGGGCUUGGCCGAACUAGCCGACUAUAGCUGCUCGAAGUCCGCGGCUCUCGCAUUUCAUGAAGCUCUGACUCAGGAAAUACGACACUGCUAUGGAUCCAGAAGGAUCCAAACGAGCGUAGUCCAUCCCUUCUGGGUGCGGACGCCCAUGACUGACGAUAUCGACGAAACUGGGAAACAUUUUGGCCUAUCAGUCCUACGCCCGGAGGAUGUGUCGGGCGCUGUGAUCAAGCAGAUCGUGUCUCAGAACAGCGGUCAGAUUGUCCUUCCCAGGAUCAUGAGGAUAGCAUCUAUGGUACGUGGACUACCGAGCUGGUUACAGGAGCGGAUUGGGGAUGAGGCAUCCCUCGGGGCUUUAAAGCUUCGUCAGUUAAAAAAACCUCAAACAAUCAAAGAGAAAUGA